AUGUACAAAGGAGGAAAUGGUCCUUUUGAACGUCGAAAGACCACGGUUUUCCGCAACAGACCACGAUUCUCCCCAAAGACCACAAUUUUGGGUCUCGCAAAUGGUUUAAGGCAGCCGUUCCCUCUACCCCUUGUGGGGGGAUCGACGACGGAGCCGUUUCACGAACGAACUGCUGCCCAGUACUGUUUCAAAUUGGUGAUGGUUCAUCACUAUUGA